GGGAUCCCAGCUUGUCAGAACCAUGGCCAGGGCGCUGAGAGAGAGGCAGUGAACGCCAGUCAGUCAGUCGUCUUGUUUAAAACGUUCAGUUCGGCCAUCGAGGAGGACGGAGACGCUCCAGCUGGGAAGCUCGUCAUUAUUUGCGGCCAAGCCAAUGUUAACUUUCGGAUAAGACACUUUUGCUAGACUCUGCUAGCGUGUCCGGGAGGGGGGGCUAGCUUUCCGUUGACCUGCCUGUGUUCCUGCGGUGGAAAUAGCCAAAAAUGUCGUCUCCAAGUCCUGGCAAAAGACGAAUGGACACCGAUGUGGUGAAACUCAUUGAGAGCAAACAUGAAGUCACCAUCCUCAGCGGACUCAACGAAUUUGUAGUGAAGUUUUUUGGACCACAGGGAACGCCGUACGAGGGCGGCGUGUGGAAGGUGCGAGUGGACCUCCCGGAUAAAUACCCUUUCAAAUCACCAUCAAUAGGAUUCAUGAACAAGAUUUUUCAUCCUAACAUUGAUGAAGCGUCAGGAACGGUGUGUUUAGAUGUCAUUAACCAGACGUGGACGGCUCUUUAUGACCUGACCAACAUCUUUGAGUCGUUCCUGCCUCAGCUGCUGGCCUACCCCAACCCCAUCGACCCUCUGAACGGAGACGCCGCCGCCAUGUACCUGCACAGGCCAGAGGAGUACAAGCAGAAAAUCAAAGAGUACAUCCAGAAAUAUGCAACAGAGGAGGCGCUCAAGGAGCAAGAGGAAGGCGCCGGCGACUCCUCGUCCGAAAGCUCCAUGUCCGACUUCUCCGAAGACGAGGCCCAGGACAUGGAGUUGUAGUGGACCCCCCACCCCCAUUCCCGACCCUCUCCAUCUCCCUCCCCUUGAUAAGCCCCGCCUCCUCCUCCUCCUCCUUUACAGAGACUAUAUUUGAUUUCCUAACCAAGACAAAGCAGACUUAUAAUGUUCAUAUUUAAACACCUUUGAUUUUUAUUAUUAUUAUUAUUAUUAUUACUAAACAAGGAUUUUUAUGAAUUAUCUAGCGUGUAGCUCCCCUUUACCAUCAUCCCUGCAUUUUCCCAGCAAGGUCUUUUUUGCUCCCUUGUGUGCGUCCAUGGCUUCCAGGACGAGGCAAAGACAGUAUUUGAGACGCACAAUCACACACAGGGUACCGCGCAGGAUAAUAUGAGCCCUCUUUUUUUUUCAUUUUGAACAAAACACCUGAAUGAACAACAUGGCUCCCUUGGCUUGGGAUUCUGUGUUUUUUUUUUCUCUCUCUCUUCAAUACAAAAAUGGCAGUCCAAAUAUAUGAAGAGGACCCGAGUAGUUGCCUUGUGGACUUCCUCUUCCUCUUCAACGAAAAAGCAAAUGGAGUACAAGAGCACAUUUCUAAACUCCGCAUCCUGUCAUGUGACCCCUCCCUGGACAAUCUUUGACAAGACUUUUGGGAAGCGAGCUAGCGCACAUCCGACAAAUAGAUACUAGCGCUCACGGCUACGUAGUUAGUUAGCGUCUGUGGUGUGAUGAUAUGUAAAAGAUGCUACGUUUGUACAGGUGUUCCCUAGCCUAGUGUCACUUCCUUCAAGAGGCUCCUUUGGUUCUCUUUCUCCCAUAUCCAGUGUUCGUUUAUCUUUUUCCAAGCCCCACUCAGGACACAUAAGCUUCACAGAAGCUUCCGACAAACGUUGGAACCCGCCCACAAUACCCAUUCAGUCACUACUGGUGUAAAAUUCAUGAAUUACACCAUUUUUUUUUUUGGUAAUCCAGAUUGGAAUUCUUGCUCUGUGCAGUAUUGUGCUGGACUCUUGUAAUCCAACAUGAAAAAAAAAUAUUCUAAAGGAUUUAAAAAAAAAAAAAAAAAAGACCGGGAUAUGCUAAUUUGUGUCCUCUUGGAGGAAAAAAAAAAAGCAAACAAACGGCUCUUUUUGUUAAAACGCCUAUAGGUUUUGCUUUUAAAUGAAGCUUUGUGCACCUGCUGGGUAAUAAAGUGAUGGUAUACUCA